AUCUCCGCUCAAGUCUCAAGUUGGUACUGGUCAGAACCACGGUACAACCGCAAGAGACCGAGCGAGAGGAAAACGCAAGCCAAUACCCUCUCCAUCCGCCUUAACUGUAUGUGGGAGCCGAUUUAUUUGAGGGAUGCCUCAGCGGUCUGAACUAGUGGAAGCUUUGCGUUGCAGGCUGCAGGAGGCCACUGAGUGCGCCGAGCCGGACGUCCUUCGGGCCGUGACGGCCGACGUGGACAAACAGCUGGCGAGCCUGCCGGUGCCCCCGCUCUCCGGGAAGACUUCCUUCCGAGAAGCCGAGGUGGACUCCAAGGCCAGGGCCCUGUACCCGGGAGAUGCCCCGCCGGGCAUGGUGCCGCUGGCCUGCCGGGGCGAGGGCAACCACCUGUUCGAGGCGGCCAGCGUGCUGCUGCUGGGCGACGCCAGCCUCAGCAUGGAGCUGCAGCUGAGGACCAUGGUGGAGAUGCUCCUCCACAAGCAGUACUAUUUGAAGGGAAUGAUCGACUCCAAGAUCAUGCUGCAGGCGGCCAGGUACUCGCUGUGCACAGAGGAGUCGGCCCGCAGGAUGAACCUGCCCAUGGCCAUCCUGGAGGCCAUCUUCGACGCUGAUGUGAAGGCCACCUGCUACCCGGGCGCCUUCACCAACAUGUGGCACAUCUAUGCCCUGGCAUCGGUCCUGCAGAGCAACAUCUACUCCAUCUACCCCAUGAGCAACCUGAAGAUCCGCCCUUACUUCAACCGGCUGAUCGGGCCCAGGACGCGCUCGGCCGGGGCCCAGGCGCCCACCCUGCACAUCAUGUGGGCGGGCGAGCCGCUGUCCCAGGCCGUCUUCAGGCCGCAGUACUUCGCACCCGUUGUCCCCCUUCGCCGCCCCGACGGGCCGGCCUCGGCCUUGGCCUUGCCGCUCCGGACCCUGGAGCUGCUGAACGCCGAGCCCGACAUCUCCUACUCGGUGCUGCGGGAGAAGUACAGCAUCACCAAGAGCACCUUCUACCGCUGGAAGCGGCAGUCGAGGGAGCACCGGCGCAGGGCGGCGGCCCGCUACGAGGCCCGCCACUACCUGCAGCAGUGCUUCGCCGGCGGUGGCGGCUUCCUGCCGCUGCAGCAGUUCCGCAGCCGCUUCCCCGACAUCUCCCGUUCCACCUACUACGCCUGGAAGCACGAAAUGGUGCUGGCAGCCGGUGGGCCCGCACCCGGGCCUGCACCGGAGGUGGGCCCGGACAAGGAGGCCGCCCUGCGGUCGCCGUCCACCUCCAUGCAGCAGGCCCGCAGCUUCCUGCAGGAGUGCGUCCUCCUCAACAUCUGCCCGCCAUACAAGAGCUUCAGGAAGAGUUACCCCUGGAUCUCCCGCUCCACCUACUAUAACUGGAGGAGGGAGGCGAUGGGCCGGGCCGGUCGCCAUGGCAACGGGCCUACCGCCACCGGCCUCCUGCAGCCGCCUGCCGCCGCCGCCCGCCUGGGAGGCCCGCCGGGGAAGGCGACCGGCCCCCCUUCCUCUCCCGAGCGGCGGAGGGCGAGGCGGGAGCAGCAGGAGGAGGCCAGGAGGCGAGCCCAGUUCUGGCAGAUGCCCCUGUCGGCCUUCCGGGUGCGCUUCCCGGCCGUCUCCACCGCCACCUUCCUGCGCUGGAGGGCGGGCUCCAGGCUGCCGAGGUGGCACCCGGCCCAGACCGCUGUGCCGUGGGCGGGGGCUUCACUGGAGCGGGGGAGGCCGGCGGCUGGCCGGGAGCGCGCCGAGCGGCCGCCAGCUCUGGCUAUGGCUCCAGCCACCGCCCAUGGGCCGGCGUCCAAGGCCAAGGCCAAGCUGUUCCUGCAGCGGCGCUUCGUGUCCCGGGACUUCCCCACCUUCCGUGAGUUCAGUGGCUACUUCCCGCUCACUCCCCGCUCCACCUACUACAUGUGGAAGCGGGCGCUCAGCAACGGCAUGAUGCUGAUGGACUGCCCGGGGGCGGCGGGCUCCAGCGGGAAAACCUAG